UUUGCAGUUAGAAUUUGUCAUGCAUAGAACAGCCAUCCUCAUCGUGCUGCUGAGCCAGGCUUUCGCCCAGGCAUCGGUUGACGGAGCAGCAACACAAACUGGCGUCACAAGACCCUCUGAUUCUGUGAUCCUGGCAUCACUCAAUGCCCUGAAAUCUGAGGCUGCUGAUUUGAAAAGUGUAGUAAAAAUCAUCAAGGACGCCCUUAACUAUGACGUGGAUGUUGGAGGAGACGAGCAAAUGAUGCAAGAGCUUUCUCAGCUGCAAGAUGAAGCUGGUAAUUUGCUGGUUCACGCAGCAACGGUCAAGAACCACGCUAAGGACGCUAUACGUCAGCUGCAAAAUGGAGCACCGUCUUACUCGACAAUACUCAGAUCAAUCUUAGAUCUGAAAUCUGAGGCUGGAGUAUUCCAGAUUCAAGCCACAACUACCAAGGACGCCAUUUUUGUUCUUAUAAACCAAGUGAAAGCCCAAGGAAACCCUGGCAAUGCAUUGAACGGACUUUUACAAAUAGAAGUUGAAGCUGACCAAAUGCUCAGCCAGGAAGCAACUAUCCAGGAACACGCUGAGGACAUCAUACGUCAGCUGCAAGGUCAAAGUCCACUCGCUGGAUGACUGUUAGAAGCCCAUGUGUAAUUCACAAAUAAAUUUGUUUGGCGCAAAAA